GUAGUUUAAGAAGAGACGAAAAAUUCAACGAUUUGUCUACAUUUGUUAAGUUUCUGCCGCUUCGUUCGUGUCUCGUAGUUUUUAUCAAUUGGAAAAUUUCUGAAAACCAUAAACAUACGGGAAACAAUUCGGUUUGUGAAAUUUUUUCAAUGUAUUAAUUAGUGCGAAAACAUAAGUUCGUACAGUAUCCUCUUACAGAACCGAUUGUAUAAACGUCGCGAACGAAACCAAACGAAGAAAAUUGAACGCGCAUCCGUGGAAAAGCUAGUGCUUGGGGGAUAUUUUCUCGAUUUUCCACAGUUGUGUCAUACGUAUGCCUACAUAUAUUUUGUCCAAAAAAGUGACUUAUAUGCAGUGAAGUUUAAGCAAACCGUAAAUUUCAAGAGGAACGUGUUAAAAAUAAAUCAAAUCAAAAACUGUAUAUAAAUAUAGAGUGAAUGAACUAUUAGCCCUAUUCUCGUUUGUUUAUGAAACGUAAGAAAAUCGUAAAAAAAAUUAGACAAGCAAACCUAAACCAAAGGGGGUGUAUGUGGAUUAUUGCUGCAGUAACUAACGCUAGAGGUGGGCUGAAAGCGAGAAAUCGGUCUCACGCAUAACAAGUCACUUUUGGCUGCGUCAUCAAAAUCUAAAUAUAUUUCGUGUGUGUGAUUUCAUUCCAAAUACAUACAUACUAUAUGUAUAUAGACUCAUAUAUUUAUAUAUUUCAAAUUGAAGUUUAUUGGAAUUUAUUGUGGUUUACCAAGUACAUCAAGCUUAUACAAACAUACAUAAAUACACAUACAUAUGUAGAUCUGUGUUCGUAUUUAAAUUUGCUAAGAAAUCGCAUAUAUUUUUGAAACAUUCCUUUUGACAACUAUAUAAAUCGCAAAGAAACUUCAAAAUAUAUAAUUUUGGAAAAUGUUCAGUCCUGAUUAUGAGAAACGUAUACUGAAACAUUGCAGUCCGGUCGCUCGAAAUCUUUUCAACUCCUUUGAAGCAGCCUCCACAUCAACAUCGCUUGACAGAUUCAUACCAUGCAGGGCCAACAACAAUUGGCAAACAAAUUUCGCAUCAAUAAAUAAAUCGAAUGAGAACUCGCCGCAGACGAGUAAAAAGCAACGCGACUGCGGUGAAUCUGCACGUGAUAGCUUAGCAUAUUCCUGUCUAUUAAAGAACGAACUUCUUGGCACCGCCAUCGAGGACGUUAAGGCGGUUAGCGAUGAGCGCAAUGAGAACACCUACACGCCAACAGCGAAACGAAGCCUAUUCAAGUACCAAUCACCUACAAAGCAGGAUUUCAAUGAGCAGUGUCCAUAUUCGCUCUCACCAGUCAGCACAAAGAGUCAGAAGCUGUUGCGAUCACCACGAAAAGCAACCAGAAAAAUAUCGCGUAUACCCUUUAAGGUGUUAGAUGCGCCAGAGCUGCAAGAUGAUUUCUAUUUGAAUUUGGUCGAUUGGUCGUCUCAAAAUGUGCUCGCUGUUGGACUGGGCAGCUGUGUUUAUCUGUGGAGCGCAUGUACUAGUCAAGUAACACGCCUAUGCGACCUUAACACCGAUUCGAACACCGUAACAUCAGUGUCAUGGAAUGAGCGUGGCAAUUUGGUGGCGGUGGGUACACAUCACGGCUUCGUCACCGUUUGGGAUGUGGCUGCUAGUAAACAGAUCAAUAAAUUGACUGGACAUUCUGCACGAGUGGGCGCUUUAGCGUGGAAUGGUGAAAUUUUGUCCAGCGGUUCGCGUGAUCGUUUAAUUAUACAGCGGGACACACGCACACCAGCGCAACAAUCGGAACGUCGUUUGGCUGGCCAUCGACAAGAGGUUUGUGGUCUCAAAUGGUCACCGGACAAUCAAUAUCUGGCAAGCGGUGGUAAUGACAACCGUCUCUAUGUGUGGAAUCAACAUUCGCUCAAUCCCGUGCAGUCGUAUACAGAACAUACGGCAGCGGUAAAAGCGAUUGCCUGGUCACCACAUCAUCAUGGUCUAUUGGCUAGUGGUGGCGGCACCGCCGAUCGUUGCAUUCGAUUUUGGAACACUUUAACCGGCCAGCCAAUGCAAUGCGUCGACACUGGUUCACAAGUGUGCAAUUUGGCAUGGUCGAAACACUCAUCCGAGCUGGUGUCAACGCAUGGUUACUCACAAAAUCAAAUUUUGGUUUGGAAAUAUCCAUCACUAACACAAGUCGCCAAACUAACGGGUCACUCAUAUCGCGUACUAUAUUUGGCACUAAGCCCGGAUGGUGAAGCAAUCGUGACGGGAGCUGGCGAUGAGACCCUACGUUUUUGGAAUGUCUUUAGUAAAGCGCGCAGUCAAAAGGAGAACAAAUCUGUACUGAACUUAUUUACCAAUAUAAGAUAAAUUUCUGCUGGCAAAUAGGAUAAUAGAUUGGAGUUGAAAACUUUGCUUGUUUAUUGAGCACAUUUAUAGCUAAUACUAAAAAUUAAUUAACGCUAAAAAUUACAAUUAAACGUUACAAAAUGCGCAGUUAAAAUUAAAAAUAUGCAAAAUUAAACGUAAAAAUUAUAAAUUAUAUGGUUGAGAAUAACUGCGCGCUUAGGGAAUAACGAAAUUUUUUCUCUAAUGAAGCAAAUUUUCCUUUCGACUGCAUAUAUAAUAUAUUUAUAUAAACAAUUCUACCAAAAUUAUAUAAAAAUUAGGUUUGUUUUAUAAUUAAUAACAAAUUGUGAAUAUUAUUUAUAAAACAAACUUUUUUGUUGGUAUUUUUUAUGUGCCGGUCACGUGUUUACUUCUUAUGCAUGUUUGAAAACACUAUACAAAUCAUUCACAUGUUAAAAGUACUUAAAAAGUAUCAGAAUUUGCUUCAUUACUAGAAAUAAGCGCAUAAUAAGUAAUUCGCAACUUGAAAUAAAAGUGCACUGAGUAAAGUCAACAAUACACCAUAUUGUUUAUCGGUUCUUCUGCUAUGAAUGAGGCCGAUUAUUGCUUAAGAGAACUGUAUUGUGAAGUGAGAUGUAUUAAACAUUAAACCUUUUUCACAUCAAUCAAUGGUGUCUAAAGAAAAAUUCAAUUCCUAAACAAAGCAAUAUGCCAAAUGACUAUGCACAGUAAACAUUUUAUUGAAAUCUUAAAUUGAUUACGAAUAGUAAUUAUAAAAAGUUUAAAAGUAAAAAAUAAAUUGUAAUUUGACUUAGCAUUAUAAACUACACACUGAAAGAACGUGCAAUGUUAAAAUAUAUUAUCUCCGUUUUUGAAGAUAAUUAUAAACUCAAAGCAAAUUUCUUUAGAUACAAUAUAUAUUUUUUUGUAUGAGGUUUGCGGUAUUUUUGACAAAACAAUGCAGUUUUCAAAUAGGAAUUGUAUUUUAUGCAAAAUUUAAAUAUUGCAAGCGUUAAAUUUACAGUCAAUGUUUAUAUUUUUAGUUAUAUUAUUUUGAAUUGCAUUUAUUGGCUUAUAACAAAUACAUAUAUAUUAUAGAGAUUCUAUAAUAUUUCACUAAAAUGUCCGUUUGAGAGGCAUGCAUCAUCAUUAAUUCUAGCUUUUUGUCAAUCACUAUAAAUAAGUAAUUGACUGUAAAUUGUAAUUAAGAAUUUGAAAACUUCUAAUACAAACGGAGUUGUUGUAACCGCUUUUACCAAAUGAAUUUCUACAUAAAAGUGAGUUUUUCAUUUGCUAAAAGAGUUUGAUGUUAGACACUCUAGUGAGAACUUGCGUGUAGGCAUGCAAACGCACUGAUAACAUAGAAAUACCAUAACUAUUAUAACGAGUAUAUUUAGACAACUUAUUUAUAAAAUUACAUUGAGAAGUGUGUAGGCUUGUAAAUAAAAUGAAAAUUGAUAUUUCAAUUUUCUUUAAAAAUAUUAGUCCAAAAAUUAAAUGAUAUUGCAAAAUUGAAAUAAUAAUUUCAUUAUAAGAAACAAGCUAAUAGCAAAGUGAAAGAGGAGAUAUGAGAAAAUUGUGUAUUUCACAAGCACUUCUUUUCAAAUGACUUCCUAAGGCCAACAAUAUGUGGUAACUCUCAUAUUUGCAUCACUUCUGUAAAUUAAAAAAAAAAUUGCAUAUUGCAAUUUGAAAAUAAUAUAUGUGACUAAUGUAAUUGCUUAAUUUUGUUGAUUUUGAUUUUUACGGUAUUCUUUACUUUGUUUAAAUUUCUUAAAGAAAAAUUUUCACAUCAUUUCAUGUUCACAUUAUAUUUCACUAUAUUUUGUUAUUAAUUUUUAAUAUCUUUUAUUUUUAUAUAAAUUUGGCAUUGCUGUCUUGUAAGAGGCGCAGUUAGCAAUUCAUUUUAAUUAUAUUUAGCUAAUUCUACAUCCAAUUUCGUAUCGACCACUUUAAAUUGUAAAUUAAUUCAUAAUUUCCUAAAUAUAUUAAACGCUAGCCAUGCCUCUUCACCACACAUACAUAAAUACUACUAUUAAAUAGCUUAUUUUUUCUCAAUAUGUAUAAAAGUACUUAUAUAUUUUGUACAUAUACAGGUCAUACCUGGAUCAUAGUCACUAUAUGCUACAUUAACGAGUUUGUAUGUACAUUGAUUGAAUAAUUGAGCUGGAUUUAUAAUUGUAUUGUAAUGAUGCUAAUAUUUAAUUGAAUGAAAAAUAAAUUUAAAAUACAAUAAAUUA